AUGUCGAAAAAGGAGCAGAUAUUCGAGUAUACGGCAUUCCGCUUGACGACCAAAUUCCUUCUGUACAGCAUAGGCUUGUGGCCAGUGAAAGAACCCGGGUUAUUCUACCGGUUUCUCCCAUUUCUCUGCUUUUUCUCAUCGUGUUUCGCCAGUCUAGCUGUUCUGAGAUUCAUCUACCAUUAUAUAACGCGAAUUAAUGUCACAUUGAGAGGAAUGACUAUUGGAACUAGUCUGAUGUUGUCGAUGUUGAAAAUAUCGUCUAUUAUGAUAAAUCGUAAACGUGGACUUGAACUUCAUCAUACUCUAGAGGAGUACUUUUCUGCAGCUCUCAGCGAUGAACGAUUCGCUCAACGUGUGUUAGUGGGCAUUACUACUGUUCGACGCUUGUGCUGGGUCCUUAUUCCAACCAUCUUUAUCACAGUUGGAGGCUACGUUAUGAGACCCAUUACAAGCAUCAUGGUGCAAAAACGCAAUCAUGUCGAACAUGUAGAAUACACAUUGAUAUAUCCUGGAUUGUAUCCGUGGAAUGUACCCGACGGAUUCUUCUAUCAGGUUCACUUUUUCUUUGAAAUAAUAGCUUCUAUAACAGUAUGGUGUGUCACAUGUGGGAUGGAUGCUCUCUUCGCUUACUACGUAUUCCAGAUAAUAGGACAGCUCCGAGUCAUGUCGUAUCGUUUGACCCAUGUGGAAGACCAGAAAGAUAUGGACGUUAUCAUAAAGGAAUGCACGCAGCAGUAUGCAGAGUUGCUUAAAUGCCGGGAUUCGCUGCAAGACAUUUUUGGACCUGUCAUAUUGUGGAUGAUGGGGACAACUGCGAUUGUCCUCUGCGCGUUGAUAUAUCAACUAUCUUCGCAACUGAAAGAUCUAUCGAUAGGGAGAUGGAUCUGGAUUUUGGCGUAUCUGAUUCCGAAAGUAACUCAGGCAUACAUAUACGGCUGGUGCGGGUCCUACCUACAUUCCGAGAGUGAAAAGUAUCGCUCAGCUAUUUAUCACACUAAUUGGUUAGUUGCAAAGAAGAAUACCAUGUCCUCGAUUGUCAUUAUGCUCAGUCAACGACCAAUCAAUCUGGUAGUCUACAAGUUCUUCUAUUUAACUGUCAAUAUGUUUCUCAUGAUUCUCAAAACGACACUAUCAUACUAUUUCUUACUCAGACAUAUUGAACAAAAAUCGUAAUCGGAG